AGGGCAGACUCUGCACGAGCCGUCGUCGUUUUACGUUUUUUCUUCUCACAAUCUCAAAACAGGAACAAAGAGAAGAAGGCUGUGCAAAAAUUCUCCACAGAUCUCCAGUGAAGCAAAGAACACCUUGCCUGAAAUCACAAAGAAGAAAAGGAAAAGCAAAUCAUCAAACGUGUUAGUACGUAUAUAAAAAAAGAUGCUGCCUACAACAUCGAAAGGGCGUGCAUCAUCGUCCUCCACUUCUCGAGUUAACUCCUCCACUUUCCCUCAAUACCUCCGUCGAAUUAUCAAGUGGCAACAAAUGGACAUUGAAUACACUUUCUGGCAAAUGCUUUACUUGUGCACCUCACCGAAAGUUGUCUAUCAGCAUACGAAGUUUCACAAACAAACUAAGAAUCAAUGGGCACGUGAUGACCCUGCUUUUGUUGUUAUCUCCAGCCUCCUUUUGGCAGUCGCAGCUUUGGCUUAUUGUGCUGCGUAUGACCACAGUGCUGGACAUGCUGUUUUUGUAGUUAUUUCUGUAUUACUUUUUCAUUUUUUAAUUACUGGAGCUGGUCUGGCUACAUGUUGUUGGUUCCUAACUAAUGCUUACCUUCGGGAGGAGGCUCCAAAUAGUCAUGUUGUUGAGCAACGGGUUGAAUGGCUAUAUGCGUUUGAUGUGCACUGCAAUUCUUUCUUCCCAAUGUUUGUCAUGCUUUAUGUUAUACAUUAUUUCCUGUCACCCAUUCUAGUUGCCCAUGGUUUCAUACCUGUAUUGCUGUCGAACCUGCUGUUCAUGGUGGCAGCCUCGUACUAUCAUUACCUCAACUUUUUAGGCUAUUAUGUGUUGCCCUUCCUGGAGAGAACAACAUUUUUCCUCUAUCCAAUCGGUCUUGUCAUUGUCCUAUCUCCUAUUUUGAUUUUAAGUGGCUUCAAUCCUUCAAGAUAUUUAAUGAAUGUGUACUUUAGUCAAAGGGUGUGAUUUACUAAGCUAACACCUCGGGGGGCACAUCUAUGUGAUGGGAGAUAGUUCAGAGACUGCAUCAACAAUGGGUUGGCCAUAAUUUCUUCACAUACAUGUAGUAAAAGUGACGGAGGAUUGCAAAAUGAAGAUCUUUGUAGCUUUCUUGUAGGCCUUUUCCCAUUGCAAGUGGAAAUCAAACCGAUUGAAGGCAGGGUAGAAUCGUUCUUUUUUUGACAGUCAAUUUCAUUGUUCAAGCGGAUCUAUUAUUGAAUGUAAUGAUUUGCAGAUGUCUUUUAUCUGGGAACGUGAAUAUGAUAGAUCCCUUUUCACGAUGUAAA